AUGUUCAAGCCCACAAACGCCCUCUUUGGAGGUCUUCUCUGGAAGACCCCGUGGCGUCUCUCUUCGCCCCAGAAGGCCCGGCAACGCAAACGCCUUCGCGCCGUGGACCGCGUCGUCGAUACGCUGAGCGCUGCUCUUACUCGCAAUGGACACAGUGCUAAGGCUGUGACCCGGUGGUAUGCGGAGAUGCCGCGCGAGGAGGAGAUGCUGCCUAAAGACAAGUACACUCUCUUCGACAAAAAGGAGAAGAACUAUCGGAAGAGCAUUCACAAGUUGCCCAAGUGGACUCGUGUCAGCCAGCGUGUGAACCCCCCUGGUUUCUAA